AUGGAAGACAGAGAAAAAAUAAUCAAGUUCAAGAACAUCAACAUCGUCGACUACCUGAACAAGACCCACAAAACAGCAGACAACUUUCUGAUUGAAACACAGAAGCACAAUUUGAAGAAAUACAUGAAGGAACUGAAUACUGAACUAUAUAAGACAUUUGUGAAUAACUCAGACGACCUCCUUGACAUUCUGAAUGCAUACGACUUCUGUUUCGAUCUGUUGAGUGACUUCAGUGCUCCACGAAUAAACCACGAUGACGGCACAAACACUGAAAUAACACAGCUAAAUUGUAAGGAAUUUGAAAAGAAAACGGCUAGAUUUGAGGAUGAUCUAACAGCAUUUAAGACAGAAAAUAGGUAUCUGGUUACCACUGAGUAUUUUAAUGAGAAGAAAUAUUACGUAAUACUGACAAAUGACCUGAUGUUCAUAGGACAGAAGAUUCAGGGUGAAGAUAAAAAGUAUAGGCUGAAAAAUGUAUUCAAUAGGAACAUUGUGGAGAUGAAGAUGUUUGAUAACUACAUUGGAGUGACUGUAGAUGGAAUCAAAUAUACUUUCACUGGUGAAACAGAUGCAUUGACCGACUUCUACGACCUAUUUACUGAUACUACAUACUUUAUGCAAAAAGAGGGUGAUGAAAUCAACAAAGAUCUUGUAAAAUACUUCAUAAUCACUGAACAGUUUGAGAAGCUGGCUGAAUACUCUGAAAAGUAUCCGCAUGUUGAAAUCAACACCGAAUCCAUUGAGCCACGCAACGAAGAGGAGCUCAAACAGCUGCUUCGAAUUUCACGAAACAAGAAUAAGAUGUUUUCUGCAUUUGUAAACAGGUCAUUUGAAAGUGGCCUAUCCAAAAUCAACAAAAUUCAGGUGCUUGAGAAACUCAUCGAAGAAAUCUUUGAGUUCUUCUACAUGUUCCUGGAUGACCUCCGUCUCCUCCACAGCAACCUUGAUAUGGAAAACUGGACCAUGAAUCUACUCAUUGAAUCAUUCAUCAAGAAGAUAUUCAACACAAUUGAAAAGAGGAUCUUCAACAAGUUCCUGGAGCUAAAAAUCACCAAUGAAAACCUGAAAUUGAUCCAGUCCAAGCUUGUUUUCAAGGAGUACAAUUACGUAUACAUGUUUGAUCAACUAUUAAGAAGGAAAGAGGGAUUCAGUAAGAAGUGUCUGGAGAUGACUAAGAAUGAGAUCAAUGUAUUGCUUGACUCAUUUAUGAGUAACAGUUGA